AUGGAUGUGAUUACUCCGAAAGCUUACGGUUCCACAAAUGUAAAUCAACGCCGAAUCGCCACUAAAACAUUUGACAUACUAUUGGCUAAUAAUAGGCAAGAGUUCACAGAGUACCUAGACAUUGGUUCGGGCGAUGGAGGGAUCACCAAACUAUUGGCCAGUCGUGUGCCGCACAGGCGGCUAAUUGGCAUCGAUUCGGUGCCGGCAAUGACAGACUACGCCCGACAGGUCAAUAGUAUGCCUACCAUAAAGUACAUCACACAAGACAUGUCCGUUUUGUGGCCAGAGUUGAGCGCCGAUAUCCGGCGCCUGGAGGGCACAGUUGACCUCAUAUUUUCCAACCUAUGCUUUAUGUACUUUUACGACAAGAGCCGCACGCUGUCGAUAUGCCGGCGCCUGUUGACCACCGGGGGCUCAAUUUACGCCAAUUUCAUACUACUGGGAGAUGUGAACAAAAAAUUGCCGCCCAAUGAAAGGUUUAAUAACUUUCUGUCCGUCGACCGGCAAAUACAGGUCUGGCGCCGGGCGUUGGCCGACAACGGCUUAGCGGUGGACACGUUUGAUGUCUAUAACGACAAGUGGUUCAUCAAACGCGAGCUCAUGAUUGUUUUUCUACCGGUGCUGGUCUGCAACUAUCGGUCGUACUUCGAGUCCAUCGAUCACUACGCGAGUGAAUGUCCCGAUUUGUCUGACGCCGUGUUUGAUAUUUACACCAACCCGACUACCGAUCGGCCCAACCCUAACGCGUGGAAGCAAUUUGUGGCCAAUGAAAAUAAUAACACAGAAGCCAUCAUUCAUUUCCAAAUGGUCACGCUCAUUUGCCAUAAAAAUUAAUAUCACCAC